AUGAAUGACACACCGGUAGAACAACAUCUUUGUGAAAAUGAACAGCAAGUACCCAAGCUUCGCUGGAUGCAGUACACCAGACACAACGAUACAAGUGAACGUGUUGCUGUUUGUAAAUAUGUGGAGAACAAUUUUAACGAACGUAUGACGGCUGACUUAAUUAUACGUGAAGGAUUGAAGCAGUACAGCCUGUAUAUUGCAAAUGCACAACCACAAGACAGUGGAGAGUAUUUCUGUCGACUUUAUUACCCUGAUGAGGAAGAAACAUACAACUCUAACACAGCCUUGUUAACAGUCAACCUUAAACUUCCCAAGCAUUCUCCUACUUGUGAAGCACAUCCAGAUCCUUCACAUGAAUCAAGUGGUUCAACAAUUUCUCUGACAUGCACCCUCUCACGGGAUGAUCCACCAAGCCUCCUGACCUGGUUCCAAAAACUACCCAGCGGUCUCUGCCCGCUGGGCGAUUCAAACAAGACCCAACCUGGACAGUCACUUUCGAUUGAGCAUGUACUGCACGAAACAAACAAACCAAGAGAGUUCAUCUGUGUUGCCGGUACAGAUUCCCAAAGUGGCACAAGUUGUUUAGUCACACCAACAACUGUUUCCAUCACCCCUUCUUCAGUUACUGUUAAAGGUCAGACGACAGUUUUCCCUGACUAUACUUGUGCUUGUAAAACCCAAGUUAAUACCACUGUGGCUGUCUUGGGAGCCAUUCUGGGCAUUGUUAUCCUUGCCAUCGGCAUUGUGCUUCUCAGAAACCUCUUGCUCAAAAACAAACAGAAGCAUCCAAGUCCAAGGAGAGUUACAAACCCAAGUUUUUCACUGAGGCAAGAGAGGGUGGACAUGUCAAAUCCCGUCGCCAGUGAGACUGGCCUGAAUUAUGAAAACCUUCCAGAACAGACCGCCAGGCAACCAGAGCCAACGACCGAAAGUCAAACUCUUGAAGGGACUUCAGAACCCAAGGCAGAUCUGUACGCCAUCCCUAACAGGAGAGGUGGAGACAUCCGCCACUUCACCUUGACGCCGCAAACCAACAAAGCCCAGACUCAGCCUAGAUUCGUGAGCCUGCCUCGCAACUUGGAGCCCCCGUCCUUUGCCAGACCAAAAGAUCCUGGAAGUGCCAUCAUGGUCCACGCCAAGCCUGACAAAGACAUCAGAAAGCACCCAAAACCCAUUCCGGAGUGGUAUGCCCCGGAGAGCUCAUCAUCAGCAUGUGAUGCCGCAAGCGCCGCUGGGACAACCCAAGACCUUGGAUCGCAAGAGGAAGAGGACUGGAAGUACGCAGACUUGAACCUAGACCAUCCCACUCGAGGAGCUGCUGGAAUCGACGCUCUCUAUGCCCAACUCAACAAAGGCCGCAAGGACCAAGGCGAGAAAUUCUCCACUCAAGAAAUCUAA